CCCAGGUAGUGAGCCAUUGCCAGUGCCGCCAGCAUCUGCGUCAGCUUGCCAUUCUAAGUAUGACCGUUCAUUGUAGUAGGGGCAUCGCGAGCAGCGCGCGCGUCGUCGCCAUCGUGAGCCUCAUGGUGAUUAUGGCGAUCAUGAUCAUAAUGUGCCGCCGUUGGGAAGAGCCGCUAGGUCUCAUUGUGACAACCCCCCGCCUGUGAAACAAUGAAGGGUCCAAUGGCGGUGUACGCUCUGGCCAUUGCUGCUGCGAUUGGGCGGGGUUGCGCUCGCGUCAGCUCCGAGGAGAGCUGCGGUGAGCAGGGCCGCUUCGACGUCAUCAUGUGUGGCUCUUGGAUGUGCACGGAGUGCGACCUGCAGUGGUGCAUGGAGAAGUGCCAGGAGGUCCAGACCAAGUUCCCGGCGUGCAAGUGCGAGGCCUGGGCGGCGGGCACCACCUACAGCCAGAACAUGAAGCACGCGGGCAAGCUCGGGGACGUGGGCGAGUAUGGCUCGGGAGACUUCAGCUGAGCGCCCGGGGCCGCUGCCUACUGUCGCCCUCCCACAGGGGACGUGCAACCUCGCGAUGGUUCCCCCAUGGGCUGCCCAGGCUGACGCGGUACUUCCAUUUCCGAGAGUCACGGUGCGCUCUCCUGGUUCAUCGUCGG